CUCAGCACUGCGGUGUGUUUUGUACGGUGCGGCUCGGUUGGACUCGCUCCUUGAGGGUGCUUGCGCCAGCAAACAUGCGGCUACACUUGCUAUGGAUCGUCUUGCUGGCUGUCGCUCGCACAGCUCUGGCUGACGAAGGAUAUAAUUAUCCCAGACCAUCAAAUCCGCUCAUACCAGGUGGUCCUGGCGGAGGUCCUGGUACAAAACCAGGAGGAGGAUUUCCAGGUACUCCCGGUGGAUAUCCAUCGGGUCCCGCACCCGGUGGACAGCCCGGAAAACCGGGUGGCUAUCCAUCCGGGCCAGGGCCGUCAUUUCCAGGUGAGCGCCCGGGCGGUCAACCAGGCGGGCAACAACCUGGAUUUCCAGGUCAACAGCCAUCAGGUGGGUAUCCUAGUGGACGUCCCUCGAUUCCCUUUCCGAGCGGCGAACCAACAGGCAGACCUAGUCCAGGAUAUCCAUCCGGCGGUCCCGGUGCACCGAGUGGGCCAGGUGCGCGACCAGGAGGAUUUCCAUCGGGACCAGGUGCUGGGUAUCCUAGCGGCCGACCUGGCGGGCAAGCACCAGGUUUUCCAAGUGGACAAGGAUAUCCGAGUGGUAGACCCGGCCAGCCGGAAGGCCCCGGAUAUCCCGGCGGACAAGCACCUGGAGGUUAUCCCGGUGAAAAACCUGGUCCGGGAAGUGGAUAUCCUAGUGGAGGGCCAAGCACUGGCUAUCCAGGAAGUUCUCCGAGACCUGGCGGUGGUCCAGGUCCUCAAGGACCAGGCGGAUAUCCAGGACCAGGGGGACCUCAAGGUCCUGGAGACCAGGAGCUGAAGGACCAGGGGGCUAUCCAAGUGGACCAGGAGCGCAAAGGCCAGGGGGCUAUCCGAGCGGCCCGAGCGGCCCAGCUCCGCAAGGACCAGGCGGUUAUCCCGGCGGACCAGGACCCCCAAGGGCCAGGAGGCUACCCGGGCGGUCCGAGUCCGCAAGGACCGGGCAGCUUCCCCGGCGGUCCAGCCCCUCAAGGACCGGAAGGAUUCCCGGGUGGACCAGGUCCACAGAGACCAGAAGGAUUUCCAGGCGGGCCAGGUCCUGUAGGACCCGGUCAAGGAGCUCACGGUGACACCGGAGAGUAUUCACAUGGCGAUGAAGGAACGUACGACGAAGGCGAUUACUCGGCUAUUCCAGGAGAACCUGGUCGCGAUUAUCCUAUAUACAGUGAAAUUCCGGAGACCGGUUUCCGUUGCGACGCCCAACAAUUCCCUGGUUACUACGCCGACGUGGAAGCUCAGUGCCAAGUUUUUCACAUAUGUGCCAACAAUAAGACCUACGAUUUUCUUUGCCCUAAUGGAACGAUCUUCAAUCAACAAUUCUUUGUCUGUGUAUGGUGGAAUCAGUUCGACUGCAACUCUGCGCCAAGCUUGUACUAUUUGAAUGAAAAUAUUUAUGAUUAUACUAUAAUGGGAGCACCAGGGCCUCAAGCAGGACCCGGCACUCAAGGACCUUUGGGACCAUCUGGACCAGGAGGAUAUCCGGGAGGACCUCAAGGUCCUUCAGGACCAGGAGGACCUCAAGGACCUCAAGGUCCAUCGGGACCGGGAGGACCUCAAGGCCCAUCUGGACCAGGAGGAUAUCCGGGAGGACCUCAAGGUCCAUCGGGACCAGGAGGAUAUCCGGGAGGACCUCAAGGACCAUCCGGACCAGGAGGAUAUCCAGGAGGACCUCAAGGGCCAUCCGGUCCAGGCGGUUAUCCAAGAGGACCUCAAGGACCAUCCGGACCAGGCGGUUAUCCAGAAGGACCUCAAGGACCAUCCGGACCAAGCUAUCCAAGCGGACCUCAAGAACCAACGGGCCCAGGCGGUUUUCCAGGACGACCAGGUCCAUCCGGCCGACCAGGACCCGGAUAUUUAACUCCGCCCGGACCUGGAUACCCCGGAAGACCUCAGGGACCUUCUGGACCAUCGACGAGACCGCAAGGACCUAGCGGUCCCGGCGGUUAUCCGGGACCAGGCGGACCAUCUCCAGGAUAUCCGGGAAGCCAACCGCAAGGACCGACUGCACCAGGUUAUCCGAGUCCGGGCGCACCGGGAGGUCGUCCGCAAGGACCUAGUGGACCAGGUGGAUACCCCAGAGGCCGACCAAGCGGCCCGUCAUUCCCCAGUGGACCGGAAGGUAUCCCGGAACAACCCGGAACAGGUUUGCCGUUCCCGCCACAAGGUCCUGCGAAACCAGAUCGUGAGUACUUGCCGCCGCGGGCUGGAUAAUCGUGAAGCUAAAUGCUCCAGCCGGUAUCUAACGACGACUCCCACCGUUGUUAAUGCUGGAUGAUACGUGUAAAUACGAGCUCUUUU